CACCCAAGAUGGCGAGCAAGGAAGUGCUGGAGGACACGGUGGAGGAGCGCGUUAUCAGCGAGGAGUACAAGAUCUGGAAGAAAAACACCCCCUUCUUGUACGACCUGGUGAUGACACAUGCUCUGGAGUGGCCCAGCCUCACCGUGCAGUGGUUGCCUGAUGUGACUAGGCCAGAAGGAAAGGAUUAUGCGCUGCACUGGCUGGUUUUGGGAACGCACACGUCCGAUGAACAGAACCACCUGGUUGUUGCAAGAGUCCAGAUUCCCAAUGAUGAUCAGUUUGAUGCUUCCCAGUAUGACAGUGAGAAAGGAGAGUUUGGUGGCUUUGGAUCUGUGACUGGCAAAAUUGAAACAGAGAUUAAAAUUAACCAUGAAGGUGAAGUAAACCGUGCUCGUUACAUGCCGCAGAAUCCCUGCAUCAUUGCUACAAAAACACCAUCUGCUGAUGUGUUGGUAUUUGACUACACUAAACAUCCUUCAAAACCAGACCCAAGUGGAGAGUGUAAUCCUGACCUUCGAUUAAGAGGGCAUCAGAAAGAAGGCUACGGCUUAUCAUGGAACUCAAAUUUGAGUGGGCAUCUUCUCAGUGCAUCAGAUGAUCAUACCGUGUGUUUAUGGGAUGUAAGCGCUGGACCAAAAGAAGGCAAAAUCGUUGAUGCGAAAGCAAUCUUCACUGGGCAUUCUGCAGUAGUAGAAGAUGUGGCGUGGCACCUGCUCCACGAAUCUCUCUUUGGAUCCGUGGCUGAUGAUCAGAAGCUUAUGAUCUGGGACACAAGAUCGAAUACUACGUCCAAGCCAAGUCAUUCUGUCGAUGCUCAUACGGCCGAGGUCAACUGUCUGUCCUUCAACCCUUACAGUGAGUUCAUUCUAGCAACUGGUUCUGCUGACAAGACGGUGGCUUUAUGGGAUCUUCGAAAUUUAAAAUUGAAACUCCAUUCUUUUGAGUCUCAUAAAGAUGAAAUUUUUCAGGUUCACUGGUCUCCUCAUAACGAAACAAUUCUUGCUUCAAGUGGUACUGAUCGUCGGCUUAAUGUGUGGGAUCUGAGUAAAAUUGGAGAAGAGCAGUCUGCAGAGGACGCAGAAGAUGGGCCUCCUGAACUGCUGUUUAUUCAUGGAGGACACACUGCCAAAAUUUCAGACUUUAGUUGGAAUCCUAAUGAGCCCUGGGUAAUCUGUUCCGUAUCGGAGGACAACAUAAUGCAGAUAUGGCAAAUGGCAGAAAACAUUUACAAUGAUGAAGAACCAGAUAUAGCAGCAGCUGAACUGGAAGGUCAAGGAACAUAACUCUUCUUCCUGAAGGAAAUACUGGCUGUGACAUAGUAAUAUAAUUAGAUUAUUGUAUACAUU